GGGUGUAUCAUCAAGAAUGGAAAAGUCAGUAUGGAUAACUACACUAGUGACUUGUACCAAAAUGUCUUCUACGAUUCCAUUAGAAUAACGGAUGGUGCGAUCUGAAAGGUAGAUUGGAAGUUGAAGAGGAAUAUAUUCAUACACCCCCAUUCUUUUAAAGAUUUUAUAUGGAAUUAAACUUAUACAUAAACUAUCAUCUAUAUAAACGUCAUAGAUAACAAUAUUUUCAACAUAACAUAACAUGGAGCAAGUUUCAUUGUAUUAUUAUCAAGGUUUAAGAUAGAAGAUUGUUUUUUAUCUAAAACAAAAUAUGGGAUUUCUUUAACUUUUUUAUAUGGGUAAAAAUUUCUUUUAAAAAUCUAGCAUGAAAUGGAAUAUCUUCUAGACUUUGAGGAGAAGUAGAAGGAUACGUGCCACUUUGAUUAACGAGAAAUACUUACUUUAACUUCCUUUUACUCUUGAGGGGGAUGACUUACUUUCAACUUGAAACACAUUUUCCUUGCAUUCACUUGGCGUUGAGACACUGCUCAUGUUUGGUGAGACACGACCCGUGGUAACUUCUGAGCAUGAGGUUUCUCCUGUUACGUCUUCUAAGCUACUAUUAAUCAAGACACGAGGCGUGUCUGGUAAGACACAACCCAUGGGAACUUCUAUACAAUGGGAUUUUAUCCUCAAAAUCUGCAAGCGGAGAGUCUUGGGUUGCCAUUGAUACCACCAUAUAUGCGUGAGGAUAGUGGCUAUGUGGCGGAGUUUGAGCAUGGCAUGAACUAUGCAGUGGCGGGUGCUACCACAUUGAGCUCACAACUACUUGCAGAUGAAGGGAUUCAUAAUCUAGUGACAAAUGCAUCUUUUGAAGUUCAAUUGAAAUGGUUUAAAGAAUCAUUGCCUUCUAUUUGUGGCGUCGCCUCAGCAGAUUGUAGAAACAAAAUUGGACACUCUUUGAUCCUAGUGGGAGAAAUUGGUGGAAAUGAUUACUAUUGUUUAAUGCAUAAUGGAAAAUCCAUCAAUGAGAUCAAGUCACUUGUUCCUCUAGUUGUUAAAACGAUAGUCUCAACAAUCAAUGAGUUGAUUGGGAUAGGGGCUCAGACUCUCGUUGUUCCUGGAGUCCUUCCAUUAGGAUGUUCUGCGGAUCAUUUGACAAUUGCGCAAGGUUCCAAGAACGAAGAGUAUGACCCCACAACUAGUUGCCUCAUUUGGUUAAAUCAGUUGGCUGAAUAUCACAACCAACUAUUGCAGAAGGAACUUAAUCAUAUUCGAGAGCUUCAUUCUAAUGUCAACAUCAUAUAUGCCGAUUACUACAACGCUACCAUGCAAAUCUACCGUUUUCCGUAUAAAUAUGGAUUCAUAAACGAAUCUUUGAAAACAUGUUGCGGAGGUGGAGGACCGUUCAAUUACAAUUCAACGGCACCAUGUGGAGAUGAAUAUGCCACUGUGUGUGAUGAACCAUAUACAUAUGUUAACUGGGAUGGAGUACAUUUUACAGAAGCUGCAUACAAAGUUAUUUUUGAGGGUUUAUUUCAAGGUCCAUACACUACACCUACAUUUAAAUCCUCAUGUCCAUUGUCAUCAGUUGUGAAAGUUGGGAAAUCGAGUUCUUAUUGAUUAAUGAAUUGAUUCAACUUGGAUGUAUGGAUGAAAAAGCAAGAACUUGAAAGAAUUAAGAGAUUGAAGGAGGUGUUUGUAAACAAAUAAACUUAAUAUUUGAUAAAGGGAUAUUAAAUCCAUAUAAUUUGUUUACAAUAUAUAUUUCAUCAAAGUCAAAAGAAUUAUAUUCGAUUA